UUUAGUUUUUGUUGACUGUCGUUAGCAGACAAGACAGACGAUAUUAGCUUGUUUAAAAACGAAUCUACCUCCCCCAUUAAUAGGAGAUGCGAAGAGUUUCUGCCUUAUCCUUAAAAUAUUUGCGCCAUGUGAGAUUUAAUUCUGCUUCCUCCUUUAUAUAGUUUAUAUUGCAACGUAUGAAAUUAUUUUUAUUGUUAUUAGAAAUGAAAUAGAAAGAUCAUGGAUUUGAUAAACACCCCCAAGGGAGUAUUAUCAAGUAAUCUUAAUGGGACCAAAACUUCAUGUGAAUUAAAAAUUGAGAAAGUGCGGAUGCUUGAUCGCUUCAAUAGUAAGAAACCUAAUGUUGGAACUCUUCAUCUCACAGCUACUCAUUUAAUAUUCAUAGAUCCAGAAGGAAAAAAAGAAGCUUGGAUAUUACAUACUCAUAUUGCAACUGUUAUUAAAUUACCAAUAUCUACUUCGGGAUCGCCAUUGCAAAUACGAUGCAAAAAUUUCUUGUGUGUAACAUUUGUAAUCCCAAAGGAAAGAGAUAGUCAUGAUAUAUAUACAUCUCUAUUAAAACUUUCUCAACCAAUUAACAUACAAGAAUUGUAUUGUUUUCAUUAUACUGCAUCCAAUGAAGAUCAACCUAAAAGAUCAGGUUGGAAUAAAUUUGAUUUACAAGCCGAGUUUUCCAGAAUGGGUGUUCCUAAUCGACAUUGGGUGUUGACUAAUAUCAAUAAGGAUUAUGAAAUUUGUGAUACCUACCCUAAAUAUUUAUAUGUACCUUCAUCUGCUUCAUCUACAAUUUUAGUAGGUAGCAGUCGUUUCCGAAGUCGUGGAAGGCUCCCGGUAUUAUCAUACUUGCAUAGAAAUAUGGCUGCAAUAUGUCGAUGUAGUCAACCACUUUCUGGUUUCAGUGCCCGGUGUGUAGAAGAUGAACAGUUAUUAAAUUGUAUUUUAAAAUCAAGUCCAAAUUCUGAUUUUAUGUAUGUUGUAGAUACUCGACCUAAGAUUAAUGCAAUGGCUAAUAAGGCUGCUGGUAAAGGAUAUGAAAAUGAAGACUUCUAUAAAAACAUAAAAUUUCAGUUUUUUGGAAUUGAGAAUAUACAUGUAAUGAGAAAUAGUCUUCAGAAACUUGUUGAUGCAUGUGAACUUAAAGUUCCUUCCAUGAAUGCCUUCCUAAGUGGCUUAGAAAGUAGUGGAUGGUUGCGCCAUGUAAAAACUGUUCUUGAAGCAUCUGCCUUUAUUGCUGAUGCUUUAGAGAAAGGAACAACUGUACUUGUUCAUUGUUCUGAUGGUUGGGACAGAACUGCUCAAACAUGUUCUCUUGCUGCUCUUUUACAAGAUCCAUAUUACAGAACUAUUACUGGAUUUCAAGCUUUAAUUGAAAAGGAAUGGUUAGCCUUUGGUCACAAGUUCACAGAUCGGUGUGGUCUUAUCCAAGGAGAUCCAAAAGAAGUUGCCCCCGUUUUCACACAAUUUAUUGAUGCAGUAUGGCAACUUACACAGCAGUUUCCUUCUUCUUUCCAGUUUAAUGAAAGAUUUUUACUCACUAUCCAUGAUCAUGUGUAUUCCUGUCAGUUUGGGACAUUUAUAGGCAACUGUGAGAAAGACAGAGUUGAUCUUAGACUCAGUGAGCGAACUUAUUCAUUGUGGGGUUAUCUUAUGAAUCAUCUGUCAGAAUUUUUGAAUCCAUUAUACAAGAGAGAAGUUGAUGAUGUUCUCCAUCCUAGUCUGGCUCCACAAGCUAUGAGGUUUUGGAGAGGUAUGUACAAUCGUUUUGAAAAUGGAGUUCAUCCUAGAGAACCUUUAGGAGAUAUGUUGGUUGCAGCUAAGGAUCAUAUUUCAAGUUUAGAAGAUCAUAUAUUACAACUUCAGAAGAGAAUUAGUCAAUUUAAAGCAGCUCUAAACCAUGCAGAAACACCAAGUAAAGAUAUGGAUUCAUCUAUGGUUGACAGUGGCCUUGCUGAGGAUUUUAAAAAGAAGCUAGAUAGUGGAAAAAUAUUUAGUGCUGGUGAUGUAGCUGAUUCAGGCUUUGAAAAUGGAAAUAUCAAUAAUGAAAAUGAUUCUCCUGAUGGGAGCAAUGGAAAUUCCAUAUUUUCUCAACUUUUAGAAGAACUAGAUUCUGUUGCCUUAGAAUGGAAAACAUUAAGAAAUGUUCGAGAGUGCAUUUGCUCUACACCUUUCGACCAUUUUAGCAGAAAGUUCCAUUGUUGGAGCUGUGGUGAUGUGUUUUGUGUCCGGUGCAUUGACAAAAGGAUAUCAUUAAAGGGUCAUUAUCAUCAAAGACCAGUUCCUGUAUGUCGUCAUUGUUAUAAAGAACUUAUGAGGACUAAUUCUAUAGAUUCUUAAAAUAAGAUAUAAAUCUUUGUUUGUAUAUAUGGAAAAAAAAAGCAUUAGACAAUAAUACCACAAUUUUAUUUUGUGUUGUUAAAUAGUUUCUUUUGCAGAGUACAAAAAGAGAAAAGCUAUAGUACUUAAUAAUGAAAAAGGUCAUUUUAUUUAAGGUCACAAAUAUUUUCUUUUGAUAAAAAAUAUCAUUGUGGGAAUGGAAUAUAUUCCUCGUUUUUUCCUUAAUCCUGGUGAAAUAAAUGUUUUUUAUAUUAUGUUGUUUAUGAAUUGCAAUACAUAGUCUAUGCAAUUAAUUUAUCUUUUUAUAUAUGGUAUUUUGAUGGAAAUAUUAUUUAAAUUAUGCUAAUAAGAUGACAACUAUAAUUUAUUAGUAUCAAAUUAUUAGGUGCUGGACA